AGCAGCGGUUGAACUACUAGGCAGGAAACUCCACAGUAUCCAUCAAGAUGUGUGACGACGACGAGACUACCGCUCUUGUGUGCGACAACGGCUCCGGCCUUGUGAAAGCUGGCUUUGCCGGUGAUGACGCCCCCAGGGCUGUAUUCCCCUCCAUUGUGGGCCGUCCUCGUCACCAGGGUGUGAUGGUCGGUAUGGGACAGAAGGACUCCUACGUAGGAGAUGAGGCUCAGAGCAAGAGAGGUAUCCUGACUCUGAAGUACCCCAUUGAGCACGGUAUCAUCACCAACUGGGAUGAUAUGGAGAAGAUCUGGCAUCACACCUUCUACAAUGAGCUGCGUGUGGCACCCGAGGAGCACCCCACCCUGCUCACAGAGGCCCCACUCAACCCCAAGGCCAACAGAGAGAAGAUGACCCAGAUCAUGUUUGAGACCUUCAACGUCCCAGCCAUGUAUGUGGCCAUCCAGGCUGUGCUGUCCCUGUACGCCUCUGGCCGUACCACUGGUAUUGUGCUGGACUCCGGUGAUGGUGUGUCUCACAAUGUCCCCAUCUAUGAGGGUUAUGCUCUCCCCCAUGCUAUCAUGCGUCUGGAUCUGGCUGGUCGCGAUCUGACUGAUUACCUGAUGAAGAUCCUGACAGAGCGUGGUUACUCUUUCGUGACAACCGCUGAGCGUGAGAUCGUGCGCGACAUCAAGGAGAAGUUGUGCUAUGUGGCUCUGGACUUCGAGAAUGAGAUGGCAACCGCUGCCUCCUCCUCCUCCCUGGAGAAGAGCUACGAGCUCCCCGACGGUCAGGUCAUUACCAUUGGUAAUGAACGUUUCCGUUGCCCUGAGACCCUCUUCCAGCCUUCCUUCAUUGGUAUGGAGUCUGCUGGUAUUCAUGAGACUGCCUACAACAGCAUCAUGAAGUGCGACAUUGACAUCAGGAAGGACCUGUACGCCAACAAUGUCUUGUCCGGUGGUACCACCAUGUACCCUGGUAUUGCUGACAGGAUGCAGAAGGAGAUCACUGCUCUGGCCCCCAGCACCAUGAAGAUCAAGAUCAUUGCCCCACCUGAGCGUAAGUACUCCGUCUGGAUUGGUGGCUCCAUCCUGGCUUCCCUGUCCACCUUCCAGCAGAUGUGGAUCACCAAACAGGAGUACGAUGAGGCAGGCCCCAGCAUUGUCCACCGCAAAUGCUUCUAAGCGAACGAAUCACCCCAUGGAUCAUUUCUUGCUCAGGAACCAACGACAGCCCGCUGCUGUUAUUAUGGGACAAUUUUGUACAAGUUUUUUUUCCAGCCAACGAUUUGUUUUACAAUGACGCGAAACUGAGAGGAUUUCAGCCUCUACAAACACAUCAAGAAAUGUCAUCCUUUGAAUGUAUGCUUGUAGAGGGUGCAAGCAACCUAACUGGGGAACAUCAGGGUUAUAGACUGUUGCCUUGCUUGUAUUCUUAAAGUUGGUCAAUUGUAGUCCUAUUAUCGGUUCUAUCUUCCAGAUCAAUAACACCAACAGGAAAUAAAACUUAUGAACUAU